AACAAAUGAAAACCAAGCAAAAAAAUUGUUUAAAUUCAGAGACAAAUAGUCAUAUAGGUAAUGUCAGAAGCAGACAGAAGAUUGUACAUUGAAAUCAAGCACAGCAAAAAGCAUUAUUGUUCACACACAUGUGUACAGACAUACACACGUGUACAUUCACACGUGCACACAUACAUAGGAAUCUCCACCUCUAUAUAAGAAAUGCUUCAACAUAAGUAUACUUGUAAGUGUGUGAAGCUUAAGUAAUAAAAUUAAUGGCAACUUCAGGGUUUAAGCAUUUGGUGGUUGUGAAGUUUAAGGAAGAUGCUAAGGUUGAUGAGAUCUUGGAGGGCUUGGAGAAUCUUGUUUCUCAGAUUGAUACUGUCAAAUCCUUUGAAUGGGGAGAAGAUAAAGAGAGUCACGAGAUGCUUAGACAAGGAUUCACUCACGCAUUUUCAAUGACCUUUGAGAACAAAGAUGGUUACGUUGCCUUUACAAGCCAUCCUCUUCACGUUGAAUUCUCAGCCGCUUUCACCGCCGUUAUCGACAAGAUUGUUCUCCUGGAUUUCCCGGUCGCCGCCGUCAAAUCUUCCGUUGUUGUAACACCUUGAAUCUU